CCUACCCAACUUUGACCAUAAGAAUGGCGGGAGGUGAGAGUGAGACGAACGCGUCGUUGAACAAUAAUGGCGUUGAGGCGGCGACAGAGGAGUUGCCAGGAGAAGAAGAAGAGAAAGGAUCAGGAUUGCGUUUUCCUUUGGCCAGGAUCAAAAGAAUUAUGAAAGCUGAUCCUGAAUUAGGGUUAGCCAGUCAGGAUGCGGUGUUCCUCGUCGCCAAAGCUACAGAACUGUUUGUGGAAUCCCUGGCUCUGGAGGCUUACCACUACACAAGCCAGUCAAAGAAAAAGACUGUAUCGAGGCGAGAUGUUGACCACUGCAUUGAUGCCAUAGAAGCACUAGCCUUUUUGGAUGGUGCGAUGGACUGAUGGUGGACCGUUAGGAGGGGGAAUCUUUGUCUUUGUUCUUAUGUCAGUUACAUUGCUCAAAUGUUACUCCUUACUCAAGGAUUCUGACUUGAUAAAACUUUGAACAUAGAAAAGGUUUGAAUGAGAAUGAAUUUUCAGUGCGAGAGCUAGGUUGCAAUUAUUAUAGUCAAAAUUGUCUCUUGCACUGUGAAGAUAUUCUCUCAUACAUACCUCAUGUAUUUUUCACAAUGAACAAACUUUAAAUGUUGCUUUUCUUCCCAUUAUUUGAGCUUACAGACUCAUAUAAACUUUGAACACUUUUCAAGGUCUACUGGGAUAUCUACACAAUAGAUAUGAAGAGUAGACAAAUAAUAGUCUGGUAUUGGUUUUAAAAAUGCUUUGUAAAGACUUUCAGAAGACAGUUGAUGAUUAAUCCCAGUGCCUUGUCUUAAUCUGUGAUUUUAUGUAAUGUUAUUCUUUAAAUAAAAUGUGUAUAUAUUAAUAACAAAA